CCCCUCCGGCCACGGAGUCAUUUAUCCAACCCCCACUCUUUCCACCCAUCCCCCCCUGCCACUUGCAUCACCGCUGCGCGUGAAACUUUAGGGGAUGUAGAGUCGGCGGCACGCAGCGCCGCAAACGCACUGAGCAGCAAGUGGCUCGAGGCAAAACUCCCCACCCCUCUUUGCGAACAGUCGUCCAAGUCCACCGGGACACUCCAAGAUUCGCAUCGUCCUCCUCCUUGCGCUCAUCCUCCUUGCGACCCUUUUGCGUCUCGGCUUCAUCUUCAGCCGCACCGGCGCCUUCCUUCUUGCUCCUCUUUUCGCCCUCGACUCAUUCCUUCUUUCUACUAGUCCUUCUCCUCCUCGCGACUCUGUGCUCCCACGCUUCAUCUUCAGCCACAGCAGCCACUCCCCCCUGCUCCUUUCGGCGAGGCGCGUCCGCAGCUCCCCGCGCGCCGCCGACCCUGCUGACCGCUGCCUCGAACCACCGUCGAUUGUGGUGGUGGUGAUGAUACAGCGAUGGCGGUGGUUGUGACGACGACGAUGGCGAUGUUGGGUGCGAUGGCGAUGUGCGGCGUUAGCGUCCGUACGGUUGGGUCAUCCGCGCCGGGAUCGGAUAUGUUCACCGCGCUGUCUGACCUCCAAGCGGCCGUGUCCAGCGAGAAGAGGCUCGUGCAGAAACUCGGAGAGUACCUGUCCCUGGAGGAGGCGAGGCUCGAGCACCUGCGCAGGUUCCUGAACAAAGUGCAGCGGGCGCACGAGCGGGCUUACGACGCGCGGGUCGCGGGCACGGAGGGCGCGGUGCCCACCAAUCCACUCGACGCCUUCGGCCUCAUCAAGCGCCUGCACCUGGAGUGGGCACGGGUGGUGCACAGCCCGGCAGCGGACGACAACAUGCGCGUGCUGGAGGAGUCCUACGCGGAGGGCCCCGUGCCAGGCGCGGUGGACCUGGAGGGCGCUGCGCGGGCCCUGAUGCGCGCUCAGGACGUGUACGCGCUGGACACGCGGGCCCUUGCCGCCGGGCGCUUCCGCAGCCAGGCCCCGAGCCUGGCGCUCGGGGCCACGGUGGCAGCCAGACUCUCCGCCGACGACUGCUUUCACCUUGGCAAGGUGGCGUACGAGGAGGGCGACUGGUACCACUCGCUGCCCUGGCUGGAGCUGUCGGCGCUGGGCUUCAGGGCCCGACGUGGCUCGCCACGGCGCCUGGAGGACCACGCCAGCAUGGUGGACGCGCUGGACCACCUGGCGUUCACGCACUUCAAGAUUGGAAAUAUCCAGAAAGCCAUGAACCUUUCAGCUGAGCUACUUUCAUAUGAGCCGGCACACCAGAGGGUUCUGAAGAACUUGCAGAAGUACGUGAAAAUGCUGGGCAGUGCGGGCGAGCGGGAGGUCGCCCCCUCGCCGGUCGGCCGUCCGCGCAGCACUCACCCUCGCACGCGGGACGCCUACGAGUACCUGUGCCGCACGCACGGCAACCAGCGCUACGCGUACCGCGACCCGCGUUUCGGCUGCUCCUACGAGGACAACGGGAGCCCCCUGCUGCGCCUGCAGCCGGUGAAGCAAGAGCUGCUGAGCCUGCGGCCCCGCGUCCUCCUGUUCCACGACUUCGUGCGCGACCACGAGACGGAGCGUAUCAAGCAGCUCGCCGCUCCCAUGUUGCAGAGGUCAGUCGUCGCAUCCAGCGGACAGCAGACGACAGUGUCGUACAGAAUCAGCAAGAGCGCGUGGCUCAAGCAGGAGCAGGACGCCGUCAUCCGGCGUCUCGACCGGAGGGUGGCGGCCAUCACGGGGCUCGACACGGGCCCACAGCACGCCGAGCAGCUGCAGGUGUCCAACUACGGCAUCGCCGGGCACUACGAGCCGCACUACGACCACGCCACGUCUGAAAACAGCUCCUUGUAUCGCAUGCCAGCUGGGAAUCGAGUGGCUUCCAUCUUAAUUUACCUCAGCUCCGUGGAGGUGGGUGGCUCCACGGCAUUCAUUUACAAAAACUUCAGCGUUCCAGUCAUUAAGAAUGCCGCCGUGUUUUGGUGGAACCUGAAGCGCAGCGGGGAGGCAGACGGGGACACACUGCACGCCGGCUGCCCCGUGCUGGUCGGCAACAAGUGGGUCGCAAACAAGUGGGUGCGCGCCUUUGGGCAGGAGUUCUGUCGCCCGUGCAGUCUCGACCCUCGCGAGUAACAACGGCGAGGGGACGACCGUCGGAGGCAGCCUCUGCGAAACCUCAUGGGCGACAUUCCCCCAUCCCCCACCCUCCCCCUCCCCCCAC